AGCCCAAGACUUUCCCUUCCAUUUUGCAGCUCUCCUUUUGCUCUUGCUUAGCUCUGCCACCUUUUGAUGGUUCACACUGUUGAAGCUAACCCUCCAAAGUCAAAAAUAGAAUGGAAUGGAGCACCAGGCAGCUAGGCACCACCCAACCAAGGAAAAUAAAAUAGAAAAAGCAUCUGACAGAAUAUCGAGUUUAACAAAUAAAGAAAGGAAACUUCCUGAGAACUUCGGCCAUACACUUUCCCUUCCAUAUUUGCAGUCGUUUUUCUCUUGCUCAGUUCUACCUUUUGCUGGUUCACACACUUGAAGUUGAAGCUAACCCUCAAAAGUAAAAACGUUGCCUUUUCAGUAGCAAUUCCACAACAGAAUUCGAUUUUCUUAUCCUCCUCUUUGAUCUUUCACGUAUUCUAUUCAUCAAACUUAUGGGUUUCUUCUCAUUCAUCCGUCGCUUGAUUCUUAAAAUUCUCUUUGGCACGGCUGAUGAUCUUGUGUUCUUGAGCUUUAGCAAUGAAGAUACAGGAAAGAAUUUUAGUGAUCAUCUCGACUCAGCUCUCACCUAUGCAGGACUUAGCACGUUUAGAAACGAUGAUGGCAUUCGAAGAGGAGAAAAUACCGGCUCAGAAACCAGAAAAGCAAUACAGGAAUCAAAGGUAUCUGUCAUUGUGUUUUCCAAGGACUAUGCUUCUUCAACACGGUGCCUCGACGAGCUCGUCAUGAUCAUGGAUGCUAGAAGAGCUAGUGGGCACAUUGUGCUGCCCAUAUUUUACCAUUUGGAUCCAUCUGAAGUCAGGAGCCAGGAAGGGAGAUAUUUCGAAGCGUUUUCUGCACACGAGAAAAGCUUCGAGGGUGAGAUGGGGAGGGUGGACGAAUGGAGGGCAGCUCUUAGAAAAGCUGCAGAUGUGGCAGGGAUGGUUCUACAAGACAGUGUUUCCAGUUUUCUACGAUGUUGAUCCAUCUGAGGUGGGGAACCAAACAGGGAGGUAUGGUGAAGAGUUUGCUAAGCAUCAGAUACGUUUCAAGGACCAGAUGGAGAGGGUGGAGGGGUGGAGGGAGGCUCUUAAAGAAGUUGCAUACAUGGAAGGAAUGGUCUUAGAGGACGGGUACGAGUCAGAGUUCAUAGAGUCGAUUGUUAGAGAGAUCGCAGAUAAACUCAACCUCUCACUGCCUCACGUCCCUUUUUCCUCGCUACCACUGUCGUCAGCCCUCUGCCCACCUUCAUAUUUUUUUGGCCUUUUACGAGAGUGGAGGAGGUCUUUCUUUCCUCCCUCCUCUCUCCUUUUAUUUUUUUUGACUUCUCAGUUCUUUGGAAUCCAAUGAAGAGAGUGGGGGCGGUGGGGGUAAAGCAGAAGUGUGUGUGAAUCAAUAGGAACUAAGCACGUGGAUACCUGUCGGCUGAUGAGAACAAAAGGCUUGAAAGAAAGGUCCCACAGCCCACCGACUUUGUCAAAGCAUAGAUGGAUGAAUUAAUUAAAGGAUUGGACUUCAAUGAAUGCUUCACUCUCUCUCUGUUUACUAUUUGUAUCUUUGGAUAUGGACCUUAUGACUGUUACUGAAAAUAUUCAAAUACUUUUUCAA